ACAGCUUACAGGUUUUGCUCUUUUUGAAGGACUCUAGCAUUUUAUAAGUCUAUUUGAUUUCUAAUUAUAGUUAUAUGAUGUUCUGAGUGAAUAUUUCAUCGAAAAUGUCCUCGAACUGGAGAGAAACCUCAAAAUUAUCCUCAAAUGCCUCAUCUUCAUCUGAAGAAAUCGUCGAGGACUCAUUUGAAUUUGUUCGAAAAUCAAACAAACAUAAAAGAAUUAACGUUAUAUCGGACAGUGAAGAUGAAGAUACUCAAGAAGAUAUCGCAGAUACCGAUGAAAAUGCCGACGAGGAUGAUAGCGAUGAUACUGAUGAAGAUAUCGAUAAGAUUAAUAGAGUAGAUAGCGAUGAAAACAUCAAUGAAGAAGAUAGCGAUGAUACUAAUGAAGAUAUCGAUAAGAUUAAUAAAGUAGAUAGCGAUGAAAACAUCAAUGAAGAAGAUAGCGAUGAUACUAAUGAAGAUAUCGAUAAGAUUAAUAAAGUAGAUAGCGAUGAAAACAUCAAUGAAGAAGACAGUGAUGAAGCUGAGAAUGAAAUUGAAGAUAUCGAAGAAAAUCCCAUAGAGGCAUCCCUUCCAAUCAAAUUGCCUAAGGAGAAAUCCCUCGAACACGAUUUCAAAAACACAAGCAUAGAUAAAGAUUUUACUAAUUUGCACGAAUUUGACGGUUUAUCUAGUACUCGAAUUCAAUUUAACACCACCGAUAGUUAUGUUAUUAAAGAUGACUCUCCUGUUAAGCAACAAACCAAUGAACAUUCAGAAAGUUAUGUUAUCGAAUCGAGUAAUGACAAUAACAGUUUACAUACAAAAAGCGAUCUCAAAGUUAUCCAUUCAUCGGUGCCCGAUAAUAACGAAAUUGAUGAUGAUGAUGAAGAUGUUGUAAAAUUAGGCGCAAAUGAAGUUCAUGCGUUAUUAGCGAAGAAGCCAAUGAAGGAUAUCAGUAAUAUUUCUGCGGAAGAUACUGGCGAAGAGGUACAAGUCUUAGACAGUUUUAUUCAAGUGACGGAAUCCGAAUAUAAGGAUGAACUCGUUAAACUGCAGAAGAUAAAAGACGACAUACAGAGAAACAUUGCUCUAUUAAAAAACAUGAAUCUAUCUAUUCUCCCAGAUAAAGGCCUGUCUAUAAAAACCAGGCAAACCACGCUCGAACGAGCUCAAGCGGAGCAGGAGUCGAAGAUAAAAAAACUAAAAGUCGUAGCGAUCAAGAAGGAAUUGCCCCUCGUGCCUUGGACGCAAAUCGAAGCAGGCGCUAAAGUCGUACAGCCGAAAACAUUCGGAAAACAAGCCCUAGCGACUAUAAAUCUACAGCGACAACUAACCAUGGAUAGAUUGCAACAAUUACACGGCUCCAUAGAGAAUCGCCCCAAGGACACCGACCUCAUGGCGCCCCCCGAAGGACUAAAAGUCGAAUUGAUGGUGCACCAGAGGAGCGCCUUGUCUUGGUUGAUGUGGAGGGAAACGCAGAAACCGCCCGGUGGCAUACUGGCUGAUGAUAUGGGUCUCGGAAAAACCCUAACGAUGAUCUCGUUGAUACUAAAAAGCAGAGAACUCGGCGGAAAAGACACCCAUCACAGCGACAGUGGUGAAGAUAGCGACGAAAACGAUUGGAAGAAUCGACGGUCGAGCAAGAAAUACAAAGGGGGGACUCUGGUAGUGUGCCCGGCGAGUUUACUAAACCAAUGGUCCGAGGAGCUGGUUCGCAGGACCAAAAAAGGACUCUUAUCCUUCAACUUAUACCACGGCCCUAAAAGGGAAACUAAAUCUAAAACGCUCGCGAAAUACGAUGUAGUUUUCACCACUUAUGCGAUCGUUAGUAACGAAUUCGAAAAGAACGGGCCGGUAUUUAACGUGAAAUGGUCGAGGAUAAUCAUCGACGAGGCGCAUCAAAUUCGUAAUUACAAAUCGAAAACUUGCAAUGCCAUUUGCGAAUUGCAUUCCAAAUAUCGAUGGGCCCUGACCGGUACUCCUGUACACAACAAGGAAUUAGAUAUGUACUCGCAAUUGAAAUUCCUAAGGUGUACCCCGUUCGAUGAUUUAACUAUAUGGAAAAGAUGGAUCACCGACAAGUCGAAAGGAGGCUGCGAACGAUUGUGCACGGUGAUAUCCUCCAUUAUGCUGAGAAGAACGAAAGAGGAGUUGGCUAAAAUGAAACUGUUGAACGUUCUGCCGGAACGAACGUACGAAUUGAUCCCCGUACCGCUUGUUACGGAAGAACGGGGAGUUUACAGUAAAAUUUUGAUCUUCUCCAAAACGCUGUUCGCCCAAUUUCUCUACCAGCGGGCCGAGAGGAACCAAGGCGAGCGAUUCGAUCUCGACUCGAGACCUAACGAGGAGUAUUUCAAAAUGAGACAGAAGUUGCUCAGAUUGAACAAAUUGAAGGAUAUCAAACAGCACGAGAUCUUGGUGUUGCUUCUCAGAUUGAGGCAGAUUUGUAACCAUCCUUCGUUGAUAAUCAAUAUGUUGAGCGAAGAUAGCGACGUUAAUGUGUUGGGGGACGAUAUCGAUGAAUUGGAGGACAAAAUGGCGGGGCUUAACAUAUUAGACCAGCUACAAAAUUUGUCGUUAUCGGAUCAUCCGAAUCCAAACAAUUCGCAAGAAGAUAUCAAUCAAGGCGCGUCCUGUUUGAAAGAGGCCGCCAAUGCCAUAUUGAAACCAUCGGAUCCGAUUUUCGAAGCUACUCGAAUGAGUUCCAAGAUGAGCGUAUUAUUCAAACUAAUUAAAGAAAAACUUUUAAACAACGAAGAUAAAGCUGUAGUGGUGUCCCAAUGGCCCAGUUUUCUGCAAUUAAUCGCGUAUCAUUUAAAAGAAGAAAAUAUACCAUUUUGUCAGUUGGAUGGAAAAGUACCUGUACCCAAACGACAGGAAAUCAUUGAUCAGAUUAAUGACCCCAAAAAACCCGCUAAGAUCCUGUUAUUGUCUCUAACAGCUGGAGGCGUCGGUUUAAACUUGAUGGGAGCGAAUCAUUUAUUUAUUUUGGAUCUUCAUUGGAACCCGCAGAUGGAAAAUCAAGCUGUUGAUAGGGUUUAUAGAGUUGGGCAAAUGAAGCCUGUAUUUGUAUAUAAAUUAAUGGCUGCGGAAACCAUCGAAAAGGGGAUAUUCGAUCUUCAGAAGAAAAAAUUGAAUAUUGCAGAUAGCAUGUUAACAGGCUCGAAAUCCUUAGAUAAAAAUAAGCUUACCUUACAAGAUCUUAAACAAUUGUUUGAAAUGUGAUACUGUGA